AUGUCUAGCGCCAUCUCCCAUGGUUCCCCAACGCUGCUGCGGCCGCGCGCCGUUCCCCUCCAAUCCGAGAAGUCGGAAGUGAACCUCACCCCACCAGCUUCUCAGCUAGGCCUGGAUGCAAGCGGUCGCUCCACCCCCGUCCCUGAAGAUGCUCCUCCCUCGGCGCAUUCGAUCUCUACGGCCCGUAAACAAGUGCGCGCUCGGAAUCGCCUCUUUUAUACAAUUGACUACAUCCCCCGUGUGUCCCACUUUGACCCGGAUAGCGACUACCAUAACUUCCGCGGUUUCUUCGUCCUGUUCUGGAUCUCGCUCGUCAUCAUGGUCGUUACAACCGUGCUGCGCAAUAUCAAGGAUACUGGGUACCCGCUGCGAGUGCGGGUAUGGAGUUUGCUAAGUGCUAAUGUGUGGGAGCUGGGCCUGAGUGAUCUCGCAAUGGUUGUAAGCUCGAGUUUGGUUCUACCGCUGCAUCGGCUGUACCGCCGCGGCCCGCGUUGGCUGCAAUGGGCGCGUGGUGGCAUGAUUGUGCAGAGUUUCGGCGAGGCAAUCUGGCUAGCUGUAUGGAUAAACUGGCCGUUUAUGCGCAUUUGGACCUGGACCGCCCAGGUCUUCUUCACACUGCAUGUCCUGACCAUUCUUAUGAAACUGCACUCCUACGCCUUCUAUAACGGUCACCUCAGUACAACUGAGCGCCGUCUGGCAGACCUAGACAAGGCCGAUAAAGUGGUCCCUAGCUCGCCCAAGGCAGUUCAUUAUCCGGAACCCUCACGUCGUCGUACAUCUGUGAAGCAGUUGGAAGAUGAGGAAGUCGAUAAUAUAGAGCCUCUGGUGCGCCUGCGCGAAGAUCUGGCCACGGAGCUGACCUCCCCACUGGGCAAUAUCUCUUACCCCCAGAACCUUCAUAUUGGGAACUAUGCAGACUUCCUCUUCUGCCCAACCCUCUGUUAUGAGCUCGAGUAUCCACGGCGACGCGAGCGUCGCUGGUCAGAGAUUGCAUACAAGACUGCGGCUGUCUUUGGAUGUAUCUUCCUGCUCACUCUGACCAGUGAGGAGUUCAUUGUACCAGUCUUGAGCGAAGCCGGUACCCAACUCCAGGCAUUCCCGAAUCUUGCAGACAAGGCCCUUGUUCUGGCUGAGACCAUCAGCAUGCUCUUAUUCCCCUUCAUGAUCACCUUCCUCUUAGUGUUCCUUGUCAUCUUCGAAUAUAUCCUGGGUGCAUUCGCAGAGCUGACCCAGUUCGCGGACCGACACUUCUACUCAGACUGGUGGAACUCGUGCGACUGGCUCGAAUUCUCUCGUGAAUGGAACCGCCCCGUCCACCACUUCCUCUUCCGCCACGUCUAUUUCCCCGCUCGAUCCAAUUUCUCCCAGCCCGUCGCCAUGUUCAUCACAUUUCUGGUUAGCGCAGUUUUCCAUGAGUUAGUCAUGAGCUGUAUCACCAAGAAACUCCGUGGCUAUGGAUUUGCGGCCAUGAUGUCGCAGUUGCCCAUCGUCGCUAUUCAGAAGUCUCGCUUCUUCAGAGGUCGGACUGUUCUUAAUAAUGUAUUCUUCUGGUUCUCGAUGAUUCUGGGCCUCUCGGUGAUGUGUGUAUUCUACGUCUUAGUUUGA